GUGGACUGGAGCACAUUUCGGACCCAUAGAAACUGAGGAAACAAGCAUAAAAAAACAUGAGUAGAGACGCGCGGGCCAAGCGCACGAGCGCACAGAACGGGUUUGAUGGAGCGUCUGUUGGAGACGCAGAGGAUGUGGACGGUGAAGAUGACGCUCACAGUAGACCUCCAUCGGUACUGUGGGAAAAACAUAUCGAGCAGAGUAUAUUUGUGGAUAUUAGUGAUGACGACAGCCUGCAUUUCAGUGACCUGCAGGGCGCCUUCACUGUCCACCUGUCACAAGGCUCUGGGACACCUGAGAGCCUACACCUUACUGAUAAUGCAGGGCCAUCAGAGUCAUAUGAAACUGAAGACGGUUCAUCAGAGACUGCUGAGUCAGUCAGCAGAGACUGUGUAGAGCAUUCAAACACCAAAAACAGGAAGGAAAACUUAAUGAAGCCAGUCAAUAGAAAACAUGAGGAUGAUGCUGUCAACACCAGUGAUGAAGAACAUGAGGAGCUCCCAUUUGAUGGUGCACACACCAACAACAAAACAUGCCAUGAUGGCCAUGAAACAAAUUUAAAAUCAUCUCCAUCAUGUGAAAUGGUUUGUAUGACACCUGGCCAGGCCUUUAGUUUGCUUGACAAGUUGCCAAAUACCAAUGUUGAAGAGACAGAGGUUUUCCCAUCUAAUCUCGCCUAUUCUCCUUCUGAAGACAAGGGCAAAUGCCAUUCUACCAAUCAUAAAGCAAUAGAGAAUGUGGCUCAUCCCUUGGCCACAUCCAUCCAAGCUACAGCCCACAUCUCUGACUUCCUGCUCAGACACUUCUCCCAGGAAGAGCUCCUUAACUCAAGCAGGAUCAUUGAAGCGGAGACCCUGCCUGAAGUCUCUCUGAUGGACAGCAUUGAUGAAACCGUACUGAGUAGAGCUUGUGCUUCACAGAUCAGCUCAGGAGAAAGGGAGAAGAUUCAGGACAUUAAGGAGGAACCUGAUGUCAAUACUGUUGAAAGUCAUGAACUGCUUGAACUUACACUUCCAGAAAGGGGUAUGCAAGAUGCAGCAAGCCACUGCAGCAAUAGAAAUGUCUCAAAUGAGUCAAGCUCAUCUAAGGAGUCUGGAAGGACCUGCAUUGAUGAUACAACCUCAAAUCCAGGAGAUGACGAAGAGGAGGAGUGUCCUAGGCAGAACUGCAGUGCUAGCUCUCUAGAUCUGUCUACAGCAGUUACACAGAAGCAUAAGAUCUCCUUCAGCAGGACCAGAUCCUUUGGUGAGCUGAAAUACGGGCAGGGACAGGUGCAUUACCCCCUACCUGACUUUUCUAAAGUGGCAUCUAAAGUCAAAAUACCUAAAGCUAAUGGAACCGUUAAGCCUAUCAGCCAGUCACCAGCAAUGGCCCGAACACAGUCAUCCCCUGGAAUACUGGGUAAAUCCACCACCUCUUGUAAAGCCACAGUUGAUGUCAUCAGCAGGGUUUUAGAAGACUCCAUCAUGCCAUCUGAGAGGCACAAUGUGUUCACAGAUAAAGAAGAACAAGCUGGACUAGCACAUCAAUUACAGGCUGAGUAUGACAGAUUACUCGCAAAAUACACAGAAGCUGAAAACCUUAUUGGUCAGGUAAGACUAAAAAAGUCAAAUUGGUGGAUCGUCCAUGUUGCCAUAUUUUAUGAAUUAAGUCCAAGUGAGGAGCAGUUCAGUCAGAUGCAGAACUCUUUACCUGUGCAGACUGAACCACAGAGCCCAACAGAUGGCGAGAGACUGACCUCUGAGCUCAGAGACAUCAUCAGCUCAUUUAUGCAGAAGGUGGAUGAUUUCAAAACACAUGUGAGCACCAUGUCAAUGAAUGUGGAAGAGCAACAAAUGGUGCUGAAAAGCAUGAUGGAAGCUCAAGAUCAGCUGGAGAGAAAUUACCUCACAAAGAGGGAGGAGCAUCGGGCUUUGGAGAUGCAGAACUACAUGGGUCUAGCCAGAAAUACAGGAGAGUUUGACCCAGACAGGGAUGUGGAGGGGCAGAUUUUCAGGAUUGGCAUGCAGCUGGAGGACAUAAAAGAACAGAUCGACAAAAACAUCUGCUAUCUUUUCUAUCCUCCUCCAUUAACCUCCACUCCCUCUCCUUCACCUUGUAAGGAUAUCCUUUUUUCAUCUUCCCAUCCAUUGCUGCAUGAGGAGUCAGUCAUCUGCAUCUCUGCAGUUGGACAAAACAUGGAAGAGAACUAUAUUGAGGAGGAUUUUGAAGCAGCCUAUGAAGAAAACAAAGCAGAAAGCAGCUUCCAUCUACAGUAUUCCACCCUUUCCACUGAAACACCUGGCACUGCCAAUGAGGACAAGCAGGGCCGAUUGACGCUAACAGGAGAGGAACAGCACCAACAGUCAAACUCAACUUCAUUAAAGCAGCAGUUGACACAUGAUAGGUAUGAGGACAAUAUCAGACCUAGUGAAGUCUCCUUUUCUUCUAUAAGAGUUCAUUACAUAAGACCAUCUGCUGAGAACUCUCCUCAGCCAAUCACGGACACAAAACAGAGAUUUUUGAGUCCAGAGACUGACAGUGGAUUUGGCAGCUCUGACCUGAGCCGGCCAAACACCGGACUCACCGAAACACUACUUAAUCCUUUGAGUUCCACACUGUCCAAUGAUUUCAUCAGCGUGGCCAGUAUGAGCGGUUCAGACAGUGCAGCCUCUCACUCCAACACAACAACCAUAUCUAUGGCGAUACAACCUGUGCAGCCCACAGUGAAUAUGGAAUACAAACAGCUGGACACAACAGCUGUAGACACGAAAAUCAACUACAUUACCCAGAAUGCACCAGUACGAGUUCCAAAGCAGGAAGAUGCAACAGCAUUGGUCAGAGAGAUACACAGAGUCCCUGUAGGUGGCGCCAUUCCCAUUCAUGACCACAGAAGAGGGAACGUUCAUCUUGGGAAGAGCCAUUAUGCAAAUGAGAAACCUGUUAGAGACACACACUCGCCUUCACAUUGUUCAUGUCACAAUGAGGUUAUCCUGGCAUUGCAAUAUGAGGUAUCUCGCCUCAAGAGGGCGCUGGAGGAGAGCCUUGGUCACCUCCCUCAUAUGAGCAAGAGGACUGAUUACCUGAAUGCCAGGUAUCCUUCGGAGAGGAAGCACAGAACGCAGGCCCGUGGCCAAAACAGAGCUGGCUCCAGCAGACGUGUGAAAACAGAUGCAAGCCUUCAGAGGACUGAGGACUGGAUCUCUUCUGAUAUGGAGCAAAUCACAGGUGGUGAAGAUUCAGAUCAAACAAUGAGUUUCCAGAGGGCUUUCAGUCCACCUCACCAACAAAUACGCAUCCACUUCAGAAGUCUCUCUGACAAGAGGUCACGUGACUCCAGAUCCUCAUCCAAGGGCUUGGUAGGGAGCUUCCCUCUGGAAACAUCUCAGAUCAGUCAAUCUGGCAGCCAUCGGAGAGCCAGUGUUGGGCCAGCCAUCCACAGUGGCAACGCCAACACAGGGGCAAGCUACAAAAGUGCCAGCUCAAGCCCAGAAAUGGGAGACUUGGGGAAUGUCUUCUUGAAAAGCACAAAGCAACCCCUUUCUCUUGCUGCUCAACCUUGCCAUAAACCUCUCCUCCAGGUCAACUAUGGAUCUUCUUCUAGUCUACCUGCUGGGUUCAAAGUGCGGGAUAUGGAGUCAGAACCCUCUGUGUCUAGUAGAAGGCGCUCUACCCAGUCUGACUCAGCACUGCUUCCCAGUAACGUCUUCUUUCAACGUGCAUCACCGCGGACAAGUCGAAGGAAACACCGCACUAGCAGGGAGGAAUCGAUACAUAAGACAUUGGACAAGGCCUUGCAAGCAGCUCUUUUAAUGAAGCAGACCACAGACAGGAUGGCAGAUGCUCUUUCUGCUGACCUGGCCAAAACUGAGCUGCAUAGGAAGUUGCAUGGCCUACAUCCUCUGAGCAGCAGGACGGGCAGCUAACCAUUCUGACUUUCUCCAGGCACCUGCGAUUCUUAAAGGGAUAGUUCACCCAAAAAUGAAAAUUCUGUCAUUAUUUAUAGCACUCAACCUCAGGUUGUUCCAAUGUCUUUCUUUCUUCUGCAGAACACAAAAGAAAAUCACUUCAUGAAUGUCUCGUUGGCUGAAAUCUGUACAGUGGCAGUACACAGUGCCUUAACUUUAAUGCUUAAUAAAGCACCCAAAAUUGUCAUAGAAGUAGUCCAUGCGACUCAUGCCUCAUAUACCAAGUCUUUGAAUGGCACAUUUGAAUGAUGAACAGACUGUAAUUUAAGUAAUUAUUCGCUCUUAAAUCAUUGAUAAAAUAUAUAAAAAGUGGUGUAAUUUUAUAUAUAGCUGCUAUGUUGAUAACAUCAAACCUCUUCUGUUCUUGAACGUCUCGUGACCAAACGUUAUGACGCUGUCGCAAGAAACAAUUUUCCAAAAAAAAAAAUUGUUUAAAAGUACAAAUAUUCUUCAACAUUUGCGCAUACA